CCUCCUCUCUCUGUUUCAUGCUAUUUCCUCAAAUUAAUUGUCCUCUCCCCUUUAAUUUCCCCAUUUGAAUCCUUCUUCUUCAAUCUCACCAUUAACCUUCCUCCGCAAACAUGGUGGUUCUGUCGCCGCCGGCAUUAGACCACUGCUCCCUGAUUAAAACAUGCAAACCGGCUGCCAGUGUUUUCACUGGAAUUCCGGUGAUAGACAUGAUGGACCCUGAAGCCAAGACCCUCAUAGUGAAAGCCUGUGAGGAGUUCGGAUUCUUCAAGCUUGUCAACCAUGGCGUUCCAAUGGAGAUCGCCACCAUAUUAGAAGCCGAAGCUCUCCGCUUCUUUAACCUCCCCCAGUUGGAGAAAGACAAGGCUGGCCCGCCCGACCCUUUUGGGUACGGUAACAAGAGCAUUGGUGCAAAUGGUGAUGUGGGUUGGAUCGAAUACCUCCUACUCAAUACCAAACCCGACGUCGCCUCCCAAAGAACCCUCUCUGUUUUCCAGGAAAACUCAGAAAUUUUCCGCUCCGCUGUCAGAGAUUACAUCUCGGCAAUGAAGAAAAUAGCAUUUGAAGUUGUGGAACUGAUUGCGGAUGGACUGAAGAUUGAGCAGAGGAAUGUAUUGAGCAGGAUGCUAAGAGAUGAGAAAAGUGACUCAUGUUUUAGGCUAAACUACUAUCCACCAUGUCCGGAGCUACAAGCAUUGAGUGAUAGAAAUUUGAUUGGGUUUGGGUUUGGGGAACAUACAGACCCCCAGAUAAUUUCUGUCCUAAGAUCCAACAACACAUCAGGCCUGCAAAUCUGUCUCAGAGAUGGGACUUGGGUUUCAGUCCCACCUGAUCAGACCUCCCUUUUCAUCAAUGUUGGUGAUUCCCUCCAGGUGAUAACUAAUGGGAGGUUUAGGAGUGUGAAGCACAGAGUGUUGGUUGACAAUGUGAAAUCAAGGAUUUCAAUGAUCUAUUUUGGAGGACCACCUCUGAAUGAAAAGAUAGUACCUUUGGGCUGCCUUUUAGCGAAAGGAGAAGAGAGUUUGUACAGGGAGUUCACAUGGAGUGAAUACAAAAAGUCUGCAUACAAAUCAAGGCUAGCUGAUUGUAGGCUAGGGCCCUUUGAGAAAACUUCAGGAUAAUUAUGUGCUCAAAUUAUUCAAGUAUUCCACAUUUGGCUAAAAUUAGGGUUUUAUAAAAGUCAUAGGAGCCCAAAAGUUAUCUCAAUUUACCAUAGAUGGAAAGCAAAUAAGCUGUUCUUUUUCAG